CAGGCUUUCCAUUCUUUGGAAUCUGGAUGUUUUUCUGAGUUUCUCGCUAUUGGGCGAUAGCCAUCCCUCAGUCGUCUCUUGCAAAUGUCAGAAAUCGCGGGCCCUGCAGCUGCUGCUCUGGCAUCACUAUGCCCUGACAAUGUAAUUUUCCUUCAGUCACUCCCCAAGGCAGAACUUCAUGCUCAUCUCAACGGAUCUAUACCUAUCAAAACAAUACUGGAACUUGCGCAGAAAUACUCGCCUUCUAGUCCACAGACAACUGAGGUCGCAGACAUCAUCGAGAAACUCAAGUCUGGAGUCAUCUUGAAUGACAUAUUUGACUUUUUCUCUCUGAUCUAUACUCUGACAUCAACCCCGGAUGCGGUCGUGACAACUACUCGUGCAGUCCUCCAGUUGUUCCUGAACCCACCAUGCACGUACCUUGAGCUACGGACUACACCUCGCGCGACGACACAUAUGACGCGAGAGAGGUACCUAGCGGUUGUGCUUGAUGAAGCAGAGAUGUAUCCUGCUACUCAGGCCGCCCUGAUCGUGUCCAUCGAUCGUCGCAUGAGUGACUCGGACCUUGAAGAAUGCAUUAGUCUUGCCAUCAAGAUGAAGGACAGAGGCAGAAGAGUUGUAGGCAUUGAUGUAUGUGGGGAUCCACGUAGUGGCGACAUGCAAUCCUUCACUCAGCACCUAUCAAGAGCAAAGGGUGCUGGCCUUGGGUUGACCGUACACAUCGUGGAGAGCACAAAUAAUACAACCAAGGAUUCUCUGGCACUCCUUAGUUGUCGUCCGGAUCGACUCGGACACGCGACAUUCCUUUCAGAUGAACUCAAGACUUUCACUGAGUCCGAGGAAGCGAAACCAUGCAUCGAGAUAUGCCUGAGCUCCAAUCUUCUAUGUAAAACCGUCGCAUCCCUCGACGCGCAUCAUAUUCGCUAUUAUCUGAAGAAUGACCAUCCCAUCGCCAUCUGUACCUACGACGCACUCCCUUUCAGAACGUCUUGUCUUGGAGAGUACUCCUUGCUUCUGGCACAGCCUCCGCUAGGCCUUGGCUUGAGCAGAGAUGAUGUAGCUAGAAUCGCGCGGAUGGGCAUGGAUGCUGCAUUUUUGAGACCUCGUGAUUGAACUA